UGUGAGAAAAAAAAAUUCAUUUAUUGCAACUAAAAAGUAACAGAGGUAGUAUAUAUAUUCCGGUUAAUAAAUGUAUUGAUUUUGAGUAAUCCCAUAAAGUAAUUAGUUAAGCGAUAACUGCAUUUGGUAGUAUUUGAUCCCGUGUUAGUUGUAUACAAUGGUGUUAUAUGCUCAUUUGAUCAAUCUUGCUUGUUUUGAUUAUUUAAAAUAAGGUGGAUGUUGUUGAGGGGAAGUACUCUCUCUAACAGUGACUUCUGUGAGUAUAGAUAUCAAUUCGCACAAGAUUAGAAAAAGUAAAUUUAUCAAUUAAAAUUUAGAGAAGUGCUUCCUCAAAAGAGAAACCUACUUAAAAAGACAAUAUAUCAUCUACGCCGUAAACUAUUAUGGUAGGUCAAAACAGAGAAUUGUGUUCAUACUUAAGUACCAAUUAAAUUUGAACUGUUUUGGACUACUCCCUACAUCUCUAUCAGUUGAGGUAUGAGACAAUUUUUAUGGGAUAGAGGGAGUAUAAUAUCCUUUGAUAAUUUGGAGGUAGUUAUGAUUUUCGUGGCAGCAUCAUUUGUUUCAAUCAGUUGACAAAUUAGACUCACUUUUGCGUUUACAUUAUGAUGUUAUUAUUCUAUACUUUCUACGUCAAACAGUUGAACUUAAUAAUAUAGAUUCACUCAAGCAACAAAUCAUGUUUACAAAUCACAACCAAUGACGUAUUGAAAUACAAUUCCUGUUACACCAAAAGAAAAAAAUGUCUGGUGAAACUAUCUACCAGGAGUUUAGUUUUGACACUUACUCACACGAAGGUGAUCGUUUUGUGUAUCCACCUUUAGACCCACCAUCACUACCAUCUGAGGUGCCAACUUCAGAAGAUGAGUUUGAUGUAAUAGGUGACGAUGAAUUCAAACAUUCAAGCAUAACUAUAAGGCUAUACCAAGCUGCACUGACUGGUGAUUGGGAAACUGUGGAAAGUAUCUGGAGAGAAGAUAAUGCUUGGAUCAACACAAGGAUUACGAAGGGAGGCGAUACAGUCCUUCACAUAGCAGCAGCAGCCAAGCAUCUGCAUCUUGUUAAGGAGCUAGUUAAUGUUAUGAAUGAUGAUUCUCUGGCUUUGACUAACAGAGUUGGGAACACCGCGCUUUGUUUUGCUGCUGUUUCGGGGGUUGUUGAGAUUGCUAAAUUAAUGGUAGACAAAAGCAGAACAUUGCCAAAUAUUAGAGGCAGUCAGGAUAUGACUCCUCUUUUAAUGGCUGUGUUGCUGGGUCACCAGGAUAUGGUGUGGUACCUCAUGUCAGUGACUGAUUAUAAUUUGCUGACAGUUGAAGAUGGCAUGGAGUUACUCACUGGUGCGAUUGAUACUGAUUUGUUUGUUUUAUAUACUGCAGAAGUAGCUUUGCAUAUUCUACGCAGCAAUAGAAAUUUGGCUACUAUUCGAGGCAGAAAGGAGGAGACCGCACUACAUGCAUUGGCUCGAAAGCCUCCAAGGCUCAAUAGAUAUCAGCUAAGCAUGUGGCAGAAGUUUAGAAUGCAAGGUUGUAGCACAAAUCAUGUAGAGCCAGCGGUGGUGCUCGAACUAGCACAAACACUUUGGGAUGAAAUCAUAAAACUGAAGCACGGGGACAUAUCUAAAUUAAUUGGCUUCCCCUGGCGAUUAUUAUUUGUUGCAGCACAGUUGGGAAAAGUUGAAUUUCUUAUGGUGCUCAUCAAAUCCUAUCCUGAUAUUCUUUGGAAAGUGGAUGAAAAUAGAUACAGCAUUUUUCACAUUGCUGUCAUUUAUCGCCAUGAAGAAAUCUUCAAGCUAAUACAUGAGAUUGGAGCGAUCAAGGAUUUAAUAGCUACUUACAAAGAUGACCAUGGAAAUAACAUGCUUCAUUUGGCAAGCAAGUUGGCACCUCCCAACCGGCUUAAUUGUGUAUCGGGAGCAGCUUUGCAGAUGCAACGUGAGUUACUAUGGUUUGAGGCAGUUAAAAAGAUAGUAAGGCCAGAGUACACUGAAGCUGAAAAUAAGGACCAUAAAACACCUCAAGCCUUAUUUAGUGAAGAGCAUGAGGGAUUAAGGAUGACAGGGGAACAAUGGAUGAAGAAGACAGCCGAAUCAUGUGCUUUUGUUGCAACUCUAAUAGCAACAGUGGUCUUCUCAGCAGCCUUCCAGCUGCCAGGAGGCAAUAACGAUAACACAGGAAGCCCUGUCUUAGUGAAAAGGCCAUACUUUGUGGUUUUUGCUAUGGCUAAUGCAGUAUCAUUGUUCACCUCUACUGCUUCAAUAUUGAUGUUCUUGUCAAUCCUCACUUCUCAGUAUGCAGAAAGAGAUUUCCUUGCAUCGUUGCCGUUGAAGCUCAUGUGGGGGCUCAUCUUGCUUCUAAUUUCAAUGGCAACUAUGAUUGUGGCCUUUACUGCUACCUUCUUCAUGACUUUCCUACAAGGAUUUAGAUGGGCUCCUAUUCCUGUUGCUCUGAUCGCCUCAAUACCUGUUCUGCUCUUUGCCUUCCAACAAUUCCCUCUUUUGGUGGACAUAUAUUGCUCAACGUACGAAUCUCAUUCCAUAUUCCAGUCCUGUAAACCAAAGCUGUUUAAACUUUCGUCGCAGAACAAGAUUCCCCCCCAUGGACAAGUAGAUUCAAAAUCCCGCAAAAUUGAUAUCCCUUUUACGAUCCUGAUUCCUGAAUCAUCUAUGGAUCACAUAUUGAAAUAUGCUCGCAACUCUUUUUCAUGGCAUCGAGCAGCCUCAUUCAUAGUAGAUCCUGAACCCUCUGAUACGCCUUCAUUCAGCUCUUGGCGGGUUAGAUAGCUACAAAGUAUAGGAUUUUGAAUUUUGAUCAAACUUGUGAACGUAAGUUUGUGCUACUGAGCCAUUUAGGCUCAUACAAUGAAACAUCAAGCACAGGUUGCUUCAUGCAAGAAGUCCUGCAGUUAGGUCAGGCCAAGCCUAGAAGCUUCUGUACAAGUUCAAUUCCGGAGAGAUCUUUCCAUCCGAACGAUCCUUAAUGUUUUCCAUUGUUAAUGUGAUUGACUUCAUCAUACAGGGCUGGUAUUAUGUGCAAUGUGUGACAAACAUUUGCUGGAUUCUAAGCUUUAGAUUUAAAGCAAUACAAUGUACUAUUCCAAUAGAGUAAAAGAAUUCAACUACUUUACAUAUUCAAUUCUUAAAACAUUUA